AAAGUGCAGUGCCAUUGUACGCAAAAUUGAAAUCAUGGCAGAAAAGAAUCGUAAAAAUACAAAAUCGACCGUUAACCGAACCAUGAAACAAGUGGACGGGACAUCAAAAUCGAAAAAAAAGGUAUGGUUUGAUCCUUAUUUGCAGUUAGUCGAUGCUGCAGCGGCACAGGCUGAUGCGGCUGCAAAACUUGCGGAAAAAACACCAGCGGAUAAUAUGUACGCGAGAGAACUAUUUAUGAGCAAAACGAACAUACGGGAUGUUGCACGAGAGGUGGUUGUUUCGACGUUGAAAAAAUCCUACGAUUCGAAUACGCUGGAAAAAAUCAUUAGGAAACAUCGUGAGACUCUAUAUAGAGGCUUUGCUGAUAAUCCAAAGUACAGAAUUCGGGAUCCAUUGCACCUGGUGCGAUUUGAAAGUCCCUAUUAUGAAUACAGAUUUUUUCUGGCUCUUAAUAAACCUUUGAGAAGUGAAGAGGAGUAUUACGACUAUCGGACAACACUACAGGAUGCGGGUGUAACAGAAUGCUGGGUCAACAUGAGGAAGAAAAAUUAUUUGCUCAGACUUCAGGAUGCUGUAGUGGAGACGAUCAAAGCCAAAUGCGGCAAAAAUUGGAGUGGAAAACUAGAAAAAAUGUCCGUUUAUUUGAUGGAUGCGUACAAAAUGAACAAGAGAAAGGAAAUAUCACGAUCUAAGCCGAAAAAGCAGUCCAACGGUAAAAGCUUCGCAUCCACCGAAAACAAUAAGUUACUGGAUGCUAUUUUGAAUCAUUCCAAUUUCGGCCGAAGAUGCAACGAGAAUCAAAUUAAAGUGAUGUUCAGCAAUGUUCAAAAAGAUUUCGAGCAAAUUAAAAGAAUGAACAGUCUCGUAUUUGAUGACGAUGAUUUGAACAAACAAUAUCAACUUGGCGUAUAUCGAACCCAGUCGACUGCAAAUCCAGCGGAAGUUCCUGCCGUUCUUGAUCCUUCCCCUGUUGAAAACUCGAAUAACAGUAUUAGCACAGUGGAAUCUUUCAGUUCAGAAAUAGCACAGAUGCAAGCGGAAAUGGCAAUGACGCAACCAUCAGAACUACGACCACCGAGUGGAUCGUACUUUGCCAACACUGAACAAAUAAUUACUGCUUUAGAACCUCACUCAUCGGUCACUCCAAUGGAUAAUAUUCAGCCGGGUACUGUACAGACAUCUGCAACAUUGACAGAGAACUCAUUGAUUACACCAGGGCAACCCGAGAUGUAUGAGUCGUAUGACUCCCUUACAAAUACUCCUACUAAAAAUACUUCACAUGAUACUAAUCGUGAAAUUUGCUACACCUUACAAUAUUUACGUAACUAUACCAAUGUUGAAGAAGUCGUAUUAGAAUUGAUAAAACAAAACAGGAAAAUAAAGCCGGACCAAAGAGCACAACUAUUGGAUAAAUAUGUUAACAAAUAUUAUGAUCGAAUGAAACAUAUUUUUGCUGAAAAUAAGUUUCCAUCCGAAGUUCGGCUUUUAACCAAGAAAGAACGAUAUGAUAGAAAGAGUAAAAUUUCGGGAGCACUACAGAAUCAGACUUCAUCAAGAGGAAAUCUUGUGAAACCAAAUCGAUCUAAGGAUACCACAGGGAAUGAAUCUGUCGGCAGCGACCGCCAGAAUCCAACCCGCAUAACUCAUGAUACACCUGUUGUACUACCCCUUCGUAUAAGUCCUAGAGUCAUACAUUACGAUUCCACGGCAGACGAAGAUGGUCCUGACUCACCCGUUUCACCACCGUAUGAAGAAAUAAUUUCACAAAAACCCGACACUAUGCCGAUGCCGGAUUCGGAAAACUUUAUUCCUGGCGUUUGUUCAACACAGAACGAAUUGAUUCAGCAACCUACACCACCUAGUUCUCCCAUGCAACAAGUUGCGGAAACGCUUGUAAAUCGUGGAACACCACUGCACCAGGAACAGCAGAAAAAUAACUUGCUACGAUAUCAACGUCAAUCGGUUGAUAGUUGUUCUGGUUCAGAUUGCUCGAAUGUUACAAUACUGCCAAAUAGAAAUCCAACAUCCCGCCAUCAGUUAGUAAAACAAAUCAAACUGGAAAAGGACACGUCAGGCUACACAGGGGAUGUGGAAUAUCUAGGAAUUGUUUCCAAUGAAGUUGUGAUCGAUGAUUCGCAAAGUGAUUAUUCUAGUCAGGCCGAUGCUAACAAGUUGAUUGACCGGCUGACAAAGCAGGACAGUUUGCUGUGCGGAGUUCCCGUGAUAUUACAACAAAAAGCUAAUGGGCUGUUUUGGGAAAGCGAAGAACUCUCGCAGGCCUCUUCGAGUACAGGUGGCAGUGAAGCGGAUGCUCAAGCGAAGUCGGUGGGGUUUCGAACUCCAACCUCGUCGACGAAUCAAAGGCGGCUCAGUUAGAGCCACCCAAGCACCGUUCAUCUCGUGCCAUCGAGUCUCGAAUUGCAAUAAGUAAUACACCAGUUUUUCCGAUUGUACGUCAACCUUUUCACCUGGUUGCACCCAUAACAAUGAGUGCUUCAACGUCCUUGUUGCUUAAUAAUCCUCACCGUCAGUCUCGCUUUCUAGUGCGUCAAGAGAUCGUUGUGGUAAAUUUCUAUCGGAAUCCUUCCAUAUAUCAACGACGUCACCAUUUAGAGGUAACGCUAGGCUACAAUCAGCACCGAUUGCAUCGACUUAUUGUUACCGACCAUGAAGUACGUAAACUGGCAAAUCUAACUAACGGCGAGCGGGGUUGGCGAGCAUUGACUAGAGUGUUGAAUCGUAUUGGGAAGUUCCGGUAUAAUAUGUUUCGACCACCGACCCGGACGGAAUUUCAUCGGAUGAGUAUUAGUGAGAAGAUAUUGGUUAUGUUUUUCAGCAAUCUUCCUACCUGUCCAAUAGGACGAGGAUGGAUGGCCGAGUUUCAGACUGUUGUUAAUUAUUUCGAAGGAGAUGCGGUGCGUUUGGAGGAGUUUAACUAUGCAUUUCAUUCAGCAGCAGCCACUACACCGGGAGGUAAUGAAGUUGAUUUGAGCGAGGGAAUCAGCGAUCAUAUAAAACAUCAAAUCCGACAAAGAAAAAGCUUUACUAAUUGUUUACGUUGAAUAAAAAAAUGAUUUAUA